AGGAAGGAAUGCUGCAGGAUGCUUAUUAUCAUGGCUGUCAAACCCAGUGGCGACUAGACCAAAAAAAACACCCGAUUUUGAUGCGAGAUUCUCGAGGAUGAUGUGCGACAUGUCCGCAGCAGCUGUCCUGGUGUGGCUCGUGGUCACCAUCUUGUCAAGAUCACAUGCAGAUCGUAACGUCUACCCAUCUGCAGGAGUGCUGUUCGUCCAUGUUCUGGAGAGAGAGCACUUCAAAGGAGAGUUUCCUCCCUACCCAAAGUCAGGAGAUGCCAGCAGUGACCCGAUCACUUUCAACACCAACCUAAUGGGCUACCCCGACCGGCCAGGCUGGCUGCGCUACAUCCAGAGGACCCAGCACAGCGACGGAGUGCUCUAUGGCUCCCCCACCGCAGACCAUGUUGGCAGGCCCUCCAUCAUAGAGAUUACGGCCUAUAACAGACGCACUUUCGAGACGGCGCGGCACAACUUGGUCGUAAACAUCAUGGCCACAGAAGAGUUCCCUCUUCCCUAUCAGGCGGAGUUUUACAUCAAAAACAUGAACGUGGAGGAGAUGCUGGCCAGCGAGGUGCUGGGUGACUUCCUGGGAGCGGUGAAGAACGUGUGGCAGCCUGAGCGCCUCAACGCCAUCAACAUCACCUCGGCGCUGGACCGCGGCGGCCGUGUGCCCCUGCCAAUCAACAACCUCAAGGAAGGAGUGUACGUGAUGGUUGGCGCUGAUGUUCCCUUCUCGUCGUGCCUGCGGGAGGUGGAGAGCCCACAUAACCAGCUGCGCUGCAGUCAGGAAAUGGAGCCCGCCAUCAGCUGUGACAAGAAGUUCAGAGCUCAGUUUGACAUUGAUUGGUGCAAAAUCUCUCUGGUUGACAUCAACAAAGUGGUCCCGGUGUACAUUACCCGUCCCGACCCGGGCACCGGGAUCCUGCCUGAAUUCGGGGAAUACAACCCCCCCUCUGAGACUCUGAUGGGUCGGAACUACUUUUCAGAUUUCCUAAUCACUCUGGCUGUCCCCUCGGCUGUGGCAGUAGUCCUCUUCUUCAUCCUCGGCUACACUAUGUGCUGCAGACGGGAAGGGGUGGAAAAAAGAAACAUGCAAACACCAGACAUCCAGCUGGUUCACCACGGCUCCAUCCAGAAGUCCACCAAGGAGCUGCGGAGCAUGUCUAAGAACCGGGAGAUCUCCUGGCCCCUCUCCACCCUGCCCGUCUUCAACCCAGUCAGCGGCGAGGUGGUGCCGCCCAUCCACCCGGACAACUAUGAGACCACCAGCAUGCCCCUCAUGCAGACACAGACGAAUCUGCAAAACCAGAUUACGAUACCACAGCAACGGCCAUCAGGUAAAUGGUAUUCCUGAGGAGAGAAAGGUGGCCGAAGCACUGGAUUUGUGACCAGAGACGACUGGUGUCAGAGCUGACUCUAAUUUCAUAUCUAUAUCUUUGUUUUUUCUAACAUUUGUGCCAAUCUGCAUGCCUCAGACGUGUCUUUACAAAGUUUUAUCGUUCAUAUUAAUUUACACCUUGAAGAGUGAGUGUGGAAGAGAACAAAAGAGCUUAGCUGAUUAUAAAAAAAAAAAAGAAACACAUUAGAAUAUUUUGAAAUAUUUGUAAAUGUCAAACUAUGUUUGGAUUUCUACUUGCUUUGCACAAUGAACCUCUUAGAGGAAAAGGGAGUUUUAUAUGGAAAUGCUUUAGUGGUCAUGUGUUAUUAAUUAUAUGUUAUGUGUCACAUGAUAACAAUAAAAUCUUUUAA